AUGGACGGAUCCCACUCCCACGCGGCCGGAGGCGGCGAGGGGACGCAGAGGACGCUGAACCCCUAUGUGACUGGUAACUCUGUGAUUGCAAUGAAAUACAAGGAUGGUGUGAUCAUGGCAUGUGACACUGGAGCCUCCUAUGGGUCAACUCUGCGAUACAAGAGCGUGGAGCGUAUCAAGGAGGUUGGUAAGCAUAGUCUUAUUGGAGGGAGUGGGGAGUUUAGUGAUUUCCAGGAGAUUCUGCGCUAUCUGGAUGAACUGACUCUGAAUGAUCAUAUGUGGGAUGAUGGCAACUCAUUGGGCCCCAAGGAAAUCCAUGCAUACCUGACAAGGGUGAUGUACAACCGGCGCAAUAAGUUUGACCCCCUGUGGAACUCCCUGGUGCUUGGUGGAGUGAAGAAGGGCCCAAAGGGUGAUGAGAAGUAUCUUGGCAUGGUUAACAUGAUUGGUACACACUUUGAGGAGAACCACAUUGCCACUGGAUUUGGGAACCACAUGGCAAUCCCAAUACUUCGUGGUGAAUGGCGUGAGGACAUGACCUUUGAAGAAGCUGUUAAGCUGAUUGAGAAGUGCCUGCUGGUCUUGUUGUACCGUGACCGGUCAUCCAUCAACAAAUUCCAGAUUGCCAAGAUCACGACCGAGGGAUCGACCAUCUACCCGCCGUAUGCCCUGAAGACCAACUGGGGAUUUGCCGCCUUUGAGAACCCGUCCAAGGGCGCUGUAGGAACAUGGUAG